CUUAACGUCACAAAGAGGCAAGCCCAUAAAAAUAGGUUACACUACCAUUUGAUUUGUAACUGGUGUAAUAUUAGUAGACAUGCCUGAAAACGUACGUUUAAUCGUAUUUAUGUCAUAGGUUGAAUUUGUAACAGCAACCCGCUAGCUAGCGAGCUAGCAUCUGUUAGCUUACCUCUAAAUGUGGUGACAGGCAGGUCCACGGAGUAAUAGAAGAGUUUUGUCAAAAUGAGCGCCGGGUUUGGCAGGGCUGUCUUUUUUUCCACAGCCGGAGUCUGCCGCGGAGGCUCCGGAUAUGCCUCUUUGUCAAAACCUGAAGGCAUUGUUGCUCGGUCAAUGCUACAGUUCGACCUCGACGGUUCUCCUUUCGAGGUGGCGCAUGCGCACUGAGUACCUUGCAAUGGCGACAUAGAGUCUCAUCGCAAAUUCCACGCACCGCGCCAUGGACAUUUGGGCUUUCUUCCCCGCAAGCGUAGCAGGAGGCACAGGGGCAGAGUGCGAUCGUGGCCUAAAGAUAACCCCAGCCAACCGGUGCACCUCACCGCCUUCCUGGGCUACAAGGCUGGCAUGACCCACAUCCUCCGAGAGGUGCACCGUGCUGGCCAGAAGCAAUCAAAACGAGAGCAAGUGGAGGCAGUUACCAUCAUUGAGACCCCCCCGCUCAUAGUGGUGGGAGUGGUGGGCUACAUCCGCACCGUGCGGGGUUUGCGUCCCCUAAAGACCAUCUUUGCUGCGCAUCUGAGUGACGAGUGCAAGCGCAGAUUCUACAAAAACUGGCACAAGAGCAAGAAGAAGGCCUUCACCAAAUACAGCAAAAAGUGGCAGGAUGAGAGCGGAAAGAAAGCGCUGGACCAGGACUUUGCUAGGAUGAAGAAGUAUUGUUCGGCCAUACGGGUUCUUGUUCACUCUCAGAUGCGACUGCUGCCCAUUAGGCAGAAGAAGGCUCACAUGAUGGAGGUGCAGUUAAAUGGGGGGAGCGUCCCAGACAAGGUGGAUUGGGCAAAGGAGCGGCUGGAGCAAGCCGUGCCCGUCUCGGCCGUCUUCCACCAGGAUGAUAUGAUUGACGUCAUCGGGGUCACCAAGGGUCACGGCUUUAAAGGCGUGACAAGUCGCUGGCACACAAAGAAGCUCCCGAGGAAGACUCACAAGGGCCUGCGGAAGGUGGCGUGCAUCGGAGCGUGGCAUCCCGCUCGUGUGGCUUUCACCAUAGCUCGAGCUGGUCAGAAGGGCUACCACCAUCGGACUGAGAUCAACAAGAAGAUCUAUCGAAUCGGCAAAGGUGUUCACAUCCAUGAGGGAAAGGUGAUCCGGAACAAUGCCUCCACUAACUACGACACCAGCCAGAAGAGCAUUACCCCCAUGGGGGGGUUCCCACACUACGGUGAUGUAAAUAACGAUUAUGUUAUGGUGAAGGGCUGUGUGGUCGGCACCAAGAAACGCGUCCUCACCCUCAGGAAGUCUUUGCAUGUGCAAACGUCUCGCAAGUGGACGGAAGCCAUCGAGCUCAAGUUCAUUGACACCACGUCCAAAUUUGGUCACGGUCGCUUCCAGACCGCACUGGAGAAAAGAGCAUUCAUGGGCCCUCAAAAGAAGGAUGCCCUGAAGAUGCUGCCAGAGGAGACUCAAAUUUGACUUUUCAAGAUGAAGCUCAAUUUUCAUGCAGAAAGAUCUCACCAACAGGAUUGUUUUUGAAUAUUUAUUGAAAAAAAACAGGCAUCAACACAUUUUAGUGGCAAAACUUGCAGAAAAUAACAGUAAUAGACUGGUAAUUUUUUGGGAAUUUUACCUUAAUUCCCUUUACUGUUUUUUAAUUUGUGAUUUUGUAUACAAAUCCUAUAGUAAUGGAUUGCAUUUAUAUAGGACUUUUCUCCUGUGACUUUCCAUAUUUCUAUUAAGUAUCACUGAUUAAAAAAAAAAUCAGACAAUUCCAGUUAAUUAUUAUUAACAAUUUGUGUAAGCCUCAAAAUCCAACGCUGAACUUUCCAUGCAAAUUCACCAGAACGUUUACCACCAUUGGCAACCUUCUCACCCCUUGAUGGUCGGUUGUAACCUUUAUCAAUAGAGAAGACAAAAGUAGGGAUGCAACAAUUAAGGAUUUUGACUGUACAAUUACGAUUAGUCGUUGUUUCUCAAUGAUAAUUUCUUAAUUACGGUCGGAAAUAACAGU